CAUCAUCACAAACAAACAUGGCGCCUGGCUCUUCCGCGCUCUGCUCCUCCGCCGCGCUCUGCUCCGGCUUCGUGCUCCUCGCCGCCUGUUUCCUCUCGUUUUCUCCUCUUUCGCCGGGCCUGACCGGGCCCGCAGGCCUGACCGGGGCGACGGGGUGUGUGGCGGCUGUGGCGGCUGUGGCGGCUGUGGGCGGUUUGUUGGUGCUGUUUCUGCGGCGGGGAGACGUCAGGACCUCCCGCCGCGCAUGCGUGCUGGUGCUGGGAGACAUCGGUCGCAGUCCCCGGAUGCAGUACCACGCGCUGUCUUUGAGCAGACGCGGUUUUGACGUCACUUUUGUGGGUUUUUUAGAGUCUAAACCUCACCCCGACCUGCUGCACCAAGAAAACAUCAAGAUCAGGGCUGUGUCUGACGUCCGUGGAAUCAGAGUUGGACCCAAACUCUUGACAUACGUGAGUAAAGUUGUGGCUCAGAGCUUUGAGCUGCUGUUUGUUCUCGUCUCCAUGGAUCUACAGAGUUUCAUCCUAAUGCAGAAUCCUCCUGGUUUACCAGCCAUUGCCGUGGCCUGGUUUGUCGGUUUGAUUCGUGGCUCUCAGUUCAUCAUCGAUUGGCACAACUACGGCUACAGCAUCAUGGCCCUGACCCUUGGAGAGACGCACCCCAUAGUACAGGUCGCCAAGUGGUAUGAACAUGUGUUUGGGCGUUUGGCAUCUCAUAAUCUCUGUGUGACCAACGCCAUGAGGGAAGAUCUGCAGACGAACUGGGGCAUCAGAGCCCUGACGUUGUAUGAUCGUCCAGCCUCAGUGUUCAGAGAAACCCCAGUGAGACAAAGGCACCGGCUCUUUAUGAAACUUGGCGAGACGCACGUAGCCUUCAGACACUCGCCAUCUGCAGGUGAGACCAAAGACGUGGAGCAGACGCCGUUUACAGUUUAUGAUUUAAACAAAGAAAGUGUGGAUUUAAAACCGAAGAGACCCGCCCUCCUCAUCAGCAGCACGAGCUGGACAGAGGAUGAGGACUUCUCCGUUCUGCUGAAGGCUCUUGAAGAGUACGAGGCUAUGGUCCAACGAGGAGCGUCUUUACCACCUUUAGUUUGUGUCAUCACAGGUAAAGGACCUCAGAAGCAGUUUUAUCGUUCUGUCAUCGACUCUCUGUGUCUGCAGCACGUUCAGAUCUGCACGCCAUGGCUCGAGGCGGAGGACUACCCUGUGCUACUGGGCUGUGCAGACCUGGGGGUGUGUCUCCAUGUCUCUUCAUCUGGUCUGGAUCUGCCCAUGAAAGUGGUGGACAUGUUUGGCUGCUGUUUACCUGUUUGUGCUGUUCACUUUAACUGUCUGCAUGAGCUGGUGAAACACGAUGUAAAUGGCCUGAUCUUUAAAGACUCUCAUGAACUGGCUGAGCAGCUGCAGUCUCUGCUGUUGGACUUCCCCCCGGCACAGGAGGGAAAACUGGCCUCGUUCAGGACCAACCUCCGACUGAACCGAGGCCCGAACUGGGACGACUACUGGGACCAGAAUGUGCUUCCCCUGAUCCAACAACACUGACAAAACUCAACUCACAUAUUUAAAACACUUCAAUGGAGAGGAGGCACGGAGGGUUGUACAGAGCCCUGCACAAUGGAGGGGACUAUUUAAGGUCCAAGCCGGGUCUAAACAAGCUAUUUGAAGUGAACGGAUUCAAAAGAUUCACUAAUAAAAUGAAAUCAAACAAAAUUAGACAAAUCCAAAAAACUGAAGCUGAGUCUAAAGUACUACAGGUUGAGAAACGCUGGCAGGACUGAGUUUUACUGGGGUGUGACAUCAUCACUGUAGAGUCACCAGGAGGAGGAGCCACGAGCACGUGAGCCUAGGACAAACCACUGACCCUCUGGUUGGCCUGCAAAUGCUUAUCACACUGCACCUCUGACCCACAUUCAUAUGAUGUAGUGUUACCUGACGUUUUGUAUUCACAGACUUUUAUAAAAAAAAAAACGUGAGUUUGAGAACAUUUAGUGUCUGAAAUGUUUUUUAUGCCGUCGUUACUUUUACAGAGCAAAACUAUGACCAAAGACACUGGGAUAAAGUGACAGUUCUAAGAUGUAUUUUUAUAGAAAUUAAAUAAAACAAAUGUGUUUAAAAAACUUUG